AUGGCUACUCACUCAAGAUUUUUAUACGUGCUUCUUCUUCUUUCAUGCAUUGUUUUUGCAUUGAUUGCGGAGAGUUCUGGAGAUAAUGUGGAGAAUAAAAACGAGGAUGAUGGUUGUUCUUCGUGGAAUUGGCGUGGAUGCGGCAGUUUUUAUAGACAACCUUCCAAAACAUAUGGUGCUGGAUAUGGUGGUGAAAGGUAUGGCCAUGGAGAAAGGUAUGGAGCUGGUAUGAAUGGUUAUGGUGGUGGCUAUGGUGGUGGUGGUGGCGGCGGAGAAGGUGGUGGUGCCAAUGGAGGAUCAGGUCAUGGAAGUGGAUCCGGCGCGGGUGCUGGUGUUGGAGUUGGUGGAGCAGCAGGUGGAGGUGGUGGCGGCGGAGGUGGAGAAGGUGGUGGUUCCAAUGGAGGAUCAGGUCGUGGAAGUGGAUCCGGCGUAGGUGCUGGUGUUGGUGGAGCAGCAGGUGGAGCAGGAGGAGGUGGAGGCGGCGGGGGUGGAGAAGGUGGUGGUUCCAAUGGAGGAUCAGGUCAUGGAAGCGGAUCUGGCGCGGGUGCUGGUGUCGGAGUUAGUAAAGCAGGGGGUGGAGCAGGAGGAGGUGGAGGAGGCGGGGGCGGAGAAGGCGGUGGUGCAAAUGGAGGAUCGGGUCAUGGAAGCGGAUCCGGAGCGGGUGCUGGUGUUGGAGUUGGUGGAGCAGGAGGAGGAGGAGGUGGAGGAGGCGGUGGCGGUGAAGGUGGUGGUGCCAAUGGAGGAUCAGGUCAUGGAAGCGGAUCCGGCGCUGGUGCUGGUGUCGGAGUUGGUGGAAUAUCGGGUGGAGCAGGAGGAGGUGGAGGAGGCGGGGGUGGAGAAGGUGUUGGUGCCAAUGGAGGAUCGGGUCAUGGAAGCGGAUCCGGUGCGGGUGCUGGUGGCGGAGUUGGUGGAGCAGGAGGAGGUGGAGGGGGUGGGGGCGGAGAAGGUGGUGGUACCAAUGGAGGUUCUGGUCAUGGAAGCGGAUCCGGUGCUGGUGCUGGUGUUGGAGUUGGUGGAGCAGGGGGUGGAGGUGGAGGAGGUGGUGGCGGAGAAGGUGGUGGUGCCAAUGGAGGAUCCGGUCAUGGAAGUGGAUCAGGGGCUGGUGCUGGUGUUGGAGUUGGAGUUGGAGGAGCAGGAGGAGGUGGAGGUGGUGGUGGCGGAGAAGGUGGUGGUGGCAAUGGAGGUUCUGGUCUCGGAAGUGGAUCCGGUGCUGGUACUGGUGUUGGAGCAGGAGGUGGAGGUGGUGGUGCCAAUGGAGGUUCUGGUCACGGAAGCGGAUCCGGUGCUGGUACUGGUGUUGGAGAAGGAGGUGGAGGUGGUGGUGGAGGUGGUGGCGGAGAAGGUGGUGGUGCCAAUGGAGGAUCCGGUCAUGGAAGUGGAUCAGGGGCUGGUGCUGGUGUUGGAGUUGGAGGAGCAGGAGGAGGUGGAGGUGGUGGUGGCGGAGAAGGUGGUGGUGCCAAUGGAGGUUCUGGUCACGGAAGUGGAUCCGGUGCUGGUACUGGUGUUGGAGCAGGAGGUGGAGGUGGUGGUGGAGGGGGUGGAGGAGGUGGUGGCGGAGAAGGUGGUGGUGCCAAUGGAGGAUCCGGUCAUGGAAGUGGAUCAGGGGCUGGUGCUGGUGUUGGAGUUGGAGGAGCAGGAGGAGGUGGAGGUGGUGGUGGCGGAGAAGGUGGUGGUGCCAAUGGAGGUUCUGGUCACGGAAGCGGAUCCGGUGCUGGUACUGGUGUUGGAGCAGGAGGUGGAGCAGGUGGAGGUGGUGGUGGAGGAGGUGCUGGUUCCGGCAAUGGAUAUGGUUACGGUAGUGGUUAUGGUGCUGGUUUUGGGAUGGGUAAAGGUAGUGGUAGUGGAGGAGGUGGCGGUGGUGGUGGUGGAGGUAGCGGUGGAGGAAGUGGAAGUGGAAGAGGAGAGGGAUAUGGGACGGGAGAAGGAACCGGUACAAGCAAUGGAGGAGGAGUAGGAGUAGGUUUUGGAAUGGGCAUUGGCUUUGGUAUUGGAAUUGGAGGAGGAAAUGGCGGUGGUGCCACUUAUCAAACCAAUAUCAAUGGAGAUAAAAAUUCUCCUUAA